UAAGCUGGUUGCAAAAUUCUGUAAUAUUAAUCGAUUUAAGUCCAUAAAAUGUAAUGAAUAGAGCACAACUAAAAAUCCAAGAUGGUGCUGGAGAACGAGGUCGUUGCUCUGAGUGACCCUAAGGAAGAGCCUGAGGCUGAGGAGGAGGAGGAGGUGGACUUGGUGGACCCCGUGGAUGAAGUUCGAGCCAAGUGUGAGAUGGACUCCAAGGCCCAGCAACUGAACCUGAUCCUGCAAGCAUGCAACGACCGAGUCAGCAAGCGCUCCAACACAGAGGAAUCCUGUCAUGAGGAACUCAUUGACUACGUGCAGCAUGUAGACCACUGUGUAUGUACCUUCAUUGACUGUAUGCAGCAUGUAGACCGCUGUAUGCACCUUCAUUGACUGUAUGCAGCAUGUAGACCACUGUGUUGGAAAGAAGAUAUUCAGCAAACUGAAAUAAUAACAUUCAUGGAUAUAGAUGCAAACAUUUAAUUUUGACUGUUUCCUGACAUUUCAAGAAAUUGAGUCUUUGACUGUGGACACCAUUUGGGCACUACAGAUACAUAAGUUUAAGUUAUGAAUGCCUAUUGUGUGUUAAUUGUAUUGAAUUGCUUCAAAUACAUAUAUUUGGCAAAGUUUUAGAAUAAAAAAAAAUAAAACAUGUA